UUAAGAUUUACAUACGUUGUUUCACUUUAAGUGCAAAACCGUCACGUUUUUGUAUUCUUCCAAUUUCCAUAUUCGAUAAGAUUUACAACUGCACGCGUCAAUUGUAUAAAUUGAUGUGACAAUAACAAUGUAGUCGAUCACUUUCGAUAUACAGUGAGCAAUUCGGCUCAAUAAAUCUCCAUCAGCGGACGUAUCGCGAGGAUACAUGCUACAAUUCUACGUGAUAGACACCGGGACAGCUUGAACGGUAUAAAAAAUGGUGGUAUUGGGAACAGCGAUAACGAGGUUCGGUGUCGUAUCACGUUCCUGGAUUUUCUUUUCCUUAAUCGCACCGAAACACAUGUGUGAAAGCGAACUUCUGCACCCAACUGGACACCUUCCUGUGCAAUUUAACGGACCUCACGUACAAAAUGCUGGGCUUAACCGUGAUAUAUGUACCUCUGGAGAGUAGGGAGUUCACCGUGGAGGAGGGUAGCGCCGAUAAGGAGUUGGUAAAGAGGUUGGAGGGUGUGGUGGCCCACUGGAACACCCAAAUCAAAAUAGCCCUCUCCGAGGAACAGGCAACUCCGCACGAGUUACUGUGCCUCGACGACGAAUAUGACUUCUGGACUUAUCGAUAUGAUAAUCUAUGCGGUCUGAGUCAUCAGCUACAUAACAAUAUGGUGGAGCUUAUUAUCGAUAUAUUAUUGGCUACGCAAUCCACUUACAUACGUCAAUUCUUGAUGUUGAAAGAUGAGAUCGAGCACAAUAUAAUUGAAGCGAAAUCGAACAUUGAGUUCCUGAGCAUUCUGAAGGACCCUUGUGCCGACUUGAAGACUUGUACAACUCCGGCGAGCGUGGCUCAAUAUCUGCCGAAAAUGAUGCAUCUCUUCAGGAUGAUUUGGUUGAACUCUCCUUACUACAAUACCCGCGAAAGGAUAAGCAAUCUCUUCAGCGCACUUAGCAACCAGAUCGUCGUCAUGUGCAAAGGCUUUAUCGAUCUGACAGAAGUAUUUGAGGGAAAGAUUAGAAAAAGUAUGAAAAUGCUUGAUGAUUGCGUCAAAUUAUGUGAGGAUUAUGAAACGCUUUAUCAUAAGAUCGCGAACGCUCACAUCAAUCUCACGUAUCACUCUUGGAACUUAGACACAAAGAACAUAUUUCGUUACGUCGAUGUUUUUAUCGACAGGUGUCAAGAUAUGAUCGAGAUUUGUCAAGCAAUGAUUGAUUUUGCAAGAUUGGAUGAGACUAUUCAGAUUUUAAGUCCUAAAUUCGGUGGUACAAAUGGCGAAGAGCAUGAAAAAGUAUGUCAAAAGAUUGAGAAACUUUUUUAUGACGCUUUGAGUAAAAUCGAAGCAAAUUCACACAAGAUAUUCGCCGUUCAUGAAUCUACAUGGCACGACGAUAUGAUCGUAUUUCGUGCUGAAAUGAGGGACUUAGAGAUAAUGAUCGAAAACUUGAUAGCCAUCGUCUUCAUGAACGUUAAUAAUAUUCAAGAAGGAAUCGAGAAUUUAUGGAGCUUCUACAAUUACUUCAAUCGCAAGAAUUUGCAAUUAUUAUUUGAUAGCAAAAACAGUAGCGUGUGGCAGAUUUUCGCCGACGAUAUUCAACGGACGAAGCAGGAGAUCUUGAAUGAGAAAAAAGAAUAUUCUUCGAUCGCGCCGUAUUACGCCGGCAGAGCGUUGAAUCUUCGUUUGAAAAGUGACCGCCUGUUAUCGACGCGAAAGAUGCUGGAGACGGCUGAGUGGAUGCCUUAUUGCAGUAUGAGUGAGGAGAUCUAUCAUCAGGAAGACAUCAUGAUCAGAUCUAUUGAGGAAUCCAUGAAAAGUCUGUACGUAAAAUGGCUGCACUAUGUCGGAGAAAACCCACGCGCGCGACUCGAUCGCUACCUGAUGCGGCAUAGCGACAGCAAACCUGGUCUACUCGAGUCUAACAUUGACUCCAAUAUCCUGAGUCUCUGCCACGAGUGUUCCUAUUGGAUCAGCUUGAAAUUUAACAUACCUGUGCACAUACAAAUAGUAUACGACAAGUGGAAUACGCUGCAUUUUGUCUACGAGAGUGUUCUAGCCGUCACUCUGGCAUAUAACAAGAUCAUCGAAGCAUUGUCGCUGACAGAACGUGCGCUGUUUCGCGAAUUAAUUCGGCAGCUCGACCGGAAGAUCAAUCCCGGCUUAACCAAGCUGACGUGGAACACGGAUUACGUGGACUCGUACAUCGAGAAUUGUUUCAACGAAACGGUCAAUCUUCAAGAAUUCAUCGAUACUUUUAAGAAUUUGAAUUUUGAAAUUGUAAGAAUCUGCGAGAACAUUUGCAACACUCCAAUGAUCAAGAUAAGGGUUAAUUACACGUACACAUUGUCUGCAUUGGAGAAGGAACUUUUGCACGUAAGAGACGAGGCGUUCCAAGUUAUGACUCAAAGACUCGAUAUGAUAUUUCUGUACGUCAUGGAGAUUUACGAGGGCUUCAAGAAUGUGAUACAAGAGAGUUACGUGGAAUGGAAAGGUUAUUUAAUGAAAAUCGAUAUCCUAAUUGAAGAAGCUAUCAGAUUGUGUUUAAAGAAUUCUUUGACCAUCAUGUUCGAAGCUCUUCAUGGUACUGACACGACAGAACCUUCACCUCUUCUAUUAACGCAAGCAGAUAUUAUCGAUAACAAAAUAAACUUUAUGCCGAAUCUCCUGGAGAUAGCCACAGUGAUAGGAAAUAUUUUAGAUAUUUUGUCAGAACCCUUAAAAGAUAUCUCACGACUAGUUAAGAAGUUCCAAAUGCUUUCAGAGAAGGAUUUCUUCUUUUACAAAUUGUAUAACCAGGACAAAGAAUUGAUUGAACUCCAACAGAAACUCAAUAAUGAAGUAAAUUAUUGUUUUGUUCACGUGCAAAAUUAUCUCAAAACCUGGGAAUUUUUCAAAGAGGUAUGGGAGGUGAAUAAAGAUUUAUAUAUUCAAAGAUUCGAAAAAUUAAAACCAACGGCGGCAUCUUUUGAUAUGCACAUAAGUAAAUACUUCGAUAUGAUGAAUAACGUCCAACUACAGGAAACGAUGACGACAGUGCAUUUCCUAGAUAUAAAUUUUGAUGGAUUGAAAGCCACUAUCAUCGAACAUUGUUCAAUCUGGCAACAGAAACUCACCGCACUUUUGUUACGCAUGACCGAUGCAAUGGUCGACCACGUUUAUCAUUACAUCGUUGAAAAUUCCACAAAAAUAACGAAGGAACCGACGGAUCUCAUCAGCAUGCAAUCCGCGCUGCAAUUGUUCGAGAGGCUCACUGCCGAGAUUCCGAAAGAGGAGGAAGAGUUUCCCAAGAUCCAGGAGCAGUACCAAACUUUGGAAAAAUACGAAGUACCGUUGACUUAUGAGUUCAAGAGAAAAUUAAAAGACAUCGACCGCUCUUGGGCAGCUUACUUGGAGUUACUUGCCACGUGCGAAGUUACUUUGCUUGAAAAAAAGGAAGAAUUUAAACAAACGUUAUUGACCGACGCGACAAUGUUCGAAGAAGAUACAUCCUCUUUGCUCCGCAGAUUUAAUGAUACUGGACCUUUCACGUCCGACUGGAAUUCAAAGGACGCUUUAAAUUGGUUAACUUUUUUCUGGAAGGAAAUAUAUUCCUUAAAAGACAGAGAAAACCUGCUAAAGUCACGGCUGACGAUUUUUGGCAUAAGUUAUCCUGAUUCUCAAGAACUUGCACAACUCGAUAAAGAUGUAGCUAUGAUCGAAUUGGUGUGGCAAUUGACGGACGAAUGGAAUGACGCUUGGGAACGCUACAAAACCGGAAAUUUCUGGACGAUAGAAUUGGAAGAGAUGGACACAACCGCUAAUCUCCUCCUCCGGAAACUCACGAAACUCUGCAAGGAGCUCAAAGAAAAGAAUUGGGAGAUCCUCCAAAAUACCAGGAUGAGAAUCGAUAAAUUUCGACAUACGUUACCGCUAAUAACGGAACUAAAAAAUCCAGCAAUGAAACCGAGGCAUUGGAAACGAGUUAAAGAUACGAUUGCACAAGACUUCGACGAGACGUCAGAGGACUUUACUCUAGAUGCAAUUAUUAGAAUGCAAAUGCAUAAUUUUGCGGAGCAGAUCAGCGAAAUCUCUAACGCGGCCACAAUGGAGUUCGCCAUUGAAACUGGACUCCAACAUAUUAAACAUUUUUGGGAAACAAUGCCAAUUACGAUGGUUCCGUAUAAAGAUAAAGGAAUAUACAAGUUAAAAGGUGUAGAUGAAAUAAUUCAAACUUUGGAGGAACAUCAGGUGCAACUUUCAUCCAUGAAGUCAACGAGGUUCGUAGAACCAUUCGCCCGGGAAGUCGACUACUGGGAGCGGGUACUAUCGACGAUCGGUGAAGUUUUGGAAAUGAUGUUGGUAGUACAGAAAGGAUACAUGUAUCUCGACAAUAUAUUCACCACCGAGGACAUCAAGAAACAACUCCCGAAGGAGACGAGCGAUUUUGACAAAGUGACAAGCGAGCUGGCUGAGCAUACGUCAAGGAUGGCUUCCCAUGUUUUGGUGUUGCCAGCCACUCAUAUCCCACCUGGCUUGCUGGAAGUCCUGAACAAACUCAACGACAAGUUGGAGGCGUUGCAACUGGCGCUCGAGCAAUAUCUGGAGACGAAGAGACGCAUAUUUCCAAGAUUCUACUUCGUCUCGAACGAUGAUAUAUUGGAGAUUCUGGCCCAUGCUAAACGGCCGGACCUCAUGCAGCCGCACAUUAGGAAGCUCUUCGCGAACAUCAAGUCCUUGAAGCUUGCCAAGUCGUUGACUGGAAAACAUGUGGCUGACGGUAUGUACUCAAAUGAUGAAGAAUACAUCGAGUUCAACGAACCGGUUCUCUUGGAAGGUCAAGUCGAAUAUUGGUUGUGUGACUUGGAGGCCGCGAUGAGGGUGACCCUGCGCGAAGUGUUGAGGCAGUGUCGGACAGCGCUACGAAAAAUGCUCGCAAAACGCGACAGGUGGGUGAAAGAAUGGCCGGGCCAACUGGGCAUUACGUCCACUCAAAUCCAAUGGACGAGCGACUGCACGCGCACCUUGCUGUACUGCAAAAUGGCAAACUCAAGGAAUCCGUUGCGAAAACUGAGGAAGAAGCAGAAUCAGGCAUUAGACAAAUACCUGGAAGCUAUACGAAGCGAUUUGAGCAGACUGAAUCGAUUGAAGCUCAAGGCUAUCAUCGUUAUCGAGAUACACGCGAGAGAUGUCAUCGAAAAGAUGUAUAAACUGCAUUGCAAAGAUGUAUCUGAUUUCGAAUGGCUGUCGCAGCUAAGAUUUUAUUGGGAUACAGAUAUCGACAAUUGCGUUGUGCGACAAACAAAUACCCAUUUCAUAUAUGGUUACGAGUAUCUGGGUAAUACGGGAAGACUUGUAAUAACUCCGCUGACAGAUCAAUGUUAUAUCACGUUGACAACGGCUCUUCAUUUGUACCGCGGUGGUAGCCCAAAGGGACCUGCGGGUACUGGAAAAACUGAAACGGUAAAAGACUUGGGAAAAGCGCUCGGUUUUAACGUAAUCGUGCAAAAUUGUUCGGAAGGGCUUGACUACAAAAGUAUGGGCAGAUUAUUUUCUGGUCUGUCGCAAACUGGUGCCUGGGGAUGUUUCGACGAAUUCAAUCGAAUUAACGUCGAAGUGUUAUCAGUGGUGGCGCAACAGAUCCUAUCGAUACUGACCGCUCUCUCCCAGAGACUUACGAGAUUCAUUCUCGACGGCGCCGCUAUACCCCUGGUACACACCUGCGGCAUCUUUAUCACAAUGAAUCCUGGUUACGCCGGACGUACCGAGCUUCCAGACAAUUUAAAGUCCAUGUUCCGACCAAUCUCGAUGAUGGUGCCGGACAGUAGCAUGAUUGCCGAAAUUAACUUAUUUGGUGAAGGAUUUCGAGAUACGCGCACACUGGCCAGGAAAAUUUUCACCUUGUAUUCUCUCGCCGAGCAGCAGCUUAGCAAGCAAUACCAUUACGACUUUGGUUUGAGAGGUAUAGUAACAUUGACUCGAUAUGCUGGAAAAAAGAAACGGCUAUAUCCCAAUUUGCCUGAGGAAGAGAUAAUUAUUCUCGCCAUGAAAGAUAUGAAUGUUGCCAAGCUUACCUCGGAUGACCUACCACUAUUUCUCGAUAUCACCGCAGAUCUCUUCCCCAACAUAGAGAUACCGACCGUGGAUUACGAGGAAAUUAUCAGUUAUAUAACCAGUGAGGCAAUCAAGUUGAAGCUGCAGCCAAUUCCCAUGAUAGUGACGAAAGUCAUUGAGCUAUACGAAACCAAGAGCUCGCGUCAUUCAACGAUGAUUGUCGGCGUGUCAAACACUGCAAAAACCGUAACGUGGAAGAUUUUGCAGAAUACGAUGACGACAAUGAAGAGCGAUGGAAAGCCGGGUUUUAACACCGUUCACGUAUAUCCCAUUAAUCCUAAGGCACUGAGUCUCAGUGAACUCUACGGCGAAUACAAUCUUUCUACCGGAGAAUGGCUCGACGGGGUGAUAUCGUCCAUCAUGCGGAAAACUUGUUCCGAAAAUACUACCGACGAAAAGUGGAUCUUCUUUGACGGACCCGUGGACGUUGAUUGGAUUGAGAACAUGAACAGUGUCAUGGAUGACAACAAGGUAUUGACGCUGGUAAAUAAUGAACGUAUCAUUAUGCCCGAUCAAGUAUCGUUGCUCUUUGAGGUGCAAGAUUUGGCCGCCGCCUCUCCCUCGACUGUCACUAGAACAGGCAUGAUUUAUAAUGAUUAUAAGAAUCUCGGUUGGCGUCCGUAUGUCGAUUCGUGGUUGCAACAAUACAGUGCUAAACCAGAGUUUAUCGAAGAAAUGAAUCAGCUAUUCAAAAGUCACGUUAACGUCAUAUUGGCAUUUAAACAACGGUAUUGUGAGGAACUCGUGCCUAUUUCCGAAUUAAACGCCAUUCAAUCGUUUUGCAAACUUCUUGAAUUAUUCGCAACACCGCAAAACGGCGUGGAAUUAGGCGAGGAUCGCGGUGCUUUUUCUACCAUAUGUAGAAUGUGGUUUUUCUUCUGCAUGAUAUGGUCACUAUGCGUUUCGGUCAACGAGGAGGGUCGCGAGAAAAUGGAUAAAUUCAUAAGGGAAAUUGAAAGUUUCUUUCCGUUACGGGAUACGGUCUACGAGUAUUACGUGGACGGGCGUCUGCGUACUUUUAUUUUAUGGGAAGAAAAAUUAUCUCCUACUUGGAAAUUUCAAGCCGGUUUACCAUUUCACAAGAUAAUGGUACCUACCGUAGACACGAUACGAUACGAUUACAUCGUAAGUUCUCUUCUAUCGAAUGGUUUUCCGGUGCUCGUAGUGGGUCCAGUGGGUACUGGAAAAACGUCCACUAUCCACUCGAUACUUGAGUAUCUGGACGACACGAAAUACUCCGUUCUGCUUGUAAAUAUGUCAGCCCAAACUACAUCCGGUAACGUACAAGAUACAAUAGAAAGCAGACUAGAAAAACGAACGAAAAAGGUUUAUAUUCCUACGGGCGAUAAAACUAUGAUUACUUUUAUAGACGAUUUUAAUAUGCCCAUGAAGGAAAAAUACGGAUCGCAACCACCGUUGGAAUUAAUUCGUCAGUGGAUCAAUUAUGGAUUUUGGUACAAUCGUAAGAAACAAACGAGAAUAUAUAUUGAGAGAAUGCAAUUAAUAGCUGCGAUGGGACCACCUGGUGGUGGCCGCAACGUCAUUACAAAUCGAUUACUCACCAAAUUCAAUAUUAUUAACAUGACUUUCCCAAAUAAGAAGCAGAUUAUAAGAAUUUACAGUACAAUGUUGAAGCAACACCUUUUUGAGUUUUACACUGAAGUAAAAGGGAUAUCAAACGAGGUAACAUUUGCUUCAAUCGAUCUAUAUAAUAAUAUAGUUCAAAAGAUGCUUCCCACUCCAACAAAGAUACAUUAUUUGUUUAACUUACGAGACAUUUCGAAGAUCUUCCAGGGUCUGCUGCGCAGCCAUAAGGACUAUCAGUAUUCGAAGCAGACUUUCCUGCGAUUGUGGGUCCACGAGAGUUUCCGAGUUUUCUGCGAUCGGCUUAUUGACGAGAAGGACAGAGAGUGGUUCGUGACUCAGCUGAACGAUCAGCUUGGAAAGUACUUUGAGUUGACCUUCUAUAAUGUCUGUCCGGAAAAGAAAUGUCCCGUUUUCGGUAGUUUUAUGAAUGCUUGGGACAUAUACGAAGACCUGACUGAUAUCGGUGCUGUAAGACGCUACAUGGAAGAACAGAUGGAUGAGUACAAUGUUUCUCCUGGCGUGGUGCGCCUCGAUCUCGUCUUGUUUCGCGACGCGAUCGAACAUAUAUGUCGCAUCGUUCGUGUAAUAUCACAGCCUCGCGGUAAUAUUCUUCUGAUUGGAAUCGGUGGCAGUGGCAGACAGUCACUUUCGCGCAUCAGUAGUUACGUGUGCGAGCUGUCCACCUUUCAAAUUAUCAUUACGGCGCAAUAUAGAACACCGGAAUUUCGUGAAGAUCUUAAGACUCUAUACUUAAUAACCGGGGUGGAGAACAAACCGACCAGUUUCUUCUUCAACGAUAGCCAAGCGGUGGAGGAGCAGUUUCUGGAGAUUGUCAACAAUAUGCUGAGUACUGGUGAAGUGGCUAAUCUCUACAAGAGCGACGAAAUGGAGGACAUUAAAAAUAAACUAUCAAAGGAAGUAACAAAGACUGGAAAGACACCAACGACUGAGACGGUGUACUCCUUCCUGAUCGAGAGGGCGCGUGCCAAUAUGCAUUUGAUUUUGUGCAUGAGCCCGAUCGGCGAUGCCUUCAGGAACAGAUUACGGCAGUACCCUUCCCUGAUCAAUUGCACGACCAUCGAUUGGUUCUUGGAAUGGCCGAGAGAAGCUCUCCUCGAAGUUGGCAACAAGUUCCUCAUGAAUCUCAAUCUGACGCUCACUAUCACCGGCGAAAAUAAAGUGGAACCGCGAAAACCCGCGACGGCCGUUCCAUUGCCACCGUUGCAGGACCGAAUGCGCGAUGGAAUUGCAGCAUCAUUCUCUUUGAUCCACGCCACGGUCUCCCAGUUCUCUCGCAAAAUGGCCGUUGAAAUGAAGCAUUACAAUUACGUGACUCCCGUGAAUUUUAUCGAGCUGGUGACUGGUUAUAAAGAGAUGUUGGCAAAAAAGAGACAAGAUUUAGCAGAUCAGGCGAACAAACUUCGCGGCGGCCUCUCGAAGAUCGACGAUAUCCGGGUGAAAGUUAAAGAAAUGGCGGCGGAGCUCGAAGUCACUCAGCAGCAAGUUCAUAAAUCUACGACGGAGUGCGAAGAAUUCCUCGUAACGAUAGUAAACCAAAGCCACGAAGCUGAUGAAACGCAGAGGCAGAUCACCGCGAAAUCGUUUCGUAUCGCCGAGGAGCAAAAAGAAUGCAAGCAGCUGGAGGAGCUUGCGCGUGCUGACCUGGCGACCGUCGAACCUGCCUUGAACGAGGCUAUCAAGGCGUUGGAAACUUUGAGCAAAAAGGAUUUAUCUGAAAUAAAAUCCUUCCCACAUCCGCCGCCAAAAGUCGAGAUGGUAAUGGAAGCUGUAAUGAUCCUGAAAAACUCGGAACCUACGUGGGCAGAAGCGAAACGUCAACUUAGCGAUGUGAACUUCAUUAAUACGCUUCGAGACUUCGACAAAGAUCAUAUAUCGGACAGAGUUCUGCGAACAAUAGCCAAGUACACGUCCAAUCCCGAAUUCGAUCCCGUAAAGGUCGGUGUAGUGUCUGUUGCAGCUAAGUCACUUUGUAUGUGGGUGAUAGCUAUGGAAAAUUAUGGCAAGUUAUACAGAAUCGUGGCACCAAAAAGGGAAAAAUUAGAGAUCGCGUUGAAAUCGCUGAAACAGAAGGAAAUGGCCUUAAAGGAGGCAAUGCAGCAGCUGCAGAACGCACGCGAAGAACUCGAAAGAUUACAGCGGAUGUACGACGCGAAGAUGAAAGAAAAGGAGGAUUUGAUUAGGCUGGCUGAAAUGUUAAAGCUGAAAUUAGAACGUGCGGGAAUGUUAGUGGAUAGUCUUUCCGAUGAACGAAUUCUGUGGGAGAAUACAGUAGCUUCAUUAACUGAAUGUUUUGACUACUUGCUGGGUGAUUGCUUGAUAUCUACUGGAUUUGUGUCUUAUCUCGGUCCAUUUGUAUCCAAUUAUAGACAGGAACUAAUAAAUAUUUGGUCCAAAGAAGUACAUGAUAGAAAAAUACCGACAUCACGAAAUCUAGACGUGAAGGAGUUCCUAGUUGACCCAUCGACAAUCAGGGAGUGGAACAUUCAGGGAUUACCGUCGGAUGAAUUCAGCACAGAGAAUGGCAUCAUAGUGACACGAGGAACACGUUGGCCCCUCGUAAUCGAUCCACAAUGUCAGGCGGUGAAGUGGAUCAAAAAUAUGGAGGGGAAAAACUUACUGAAAGUAAUCGACUUUGGUCAAGCGAACUUUAUGAGAGUUCUGGAAAAAGCAAUUCAGUUUGGAAACCCAGUACUGCUCGAAAAUAUCGGGGAGACCCUCGAUCCGGGUUUGAACCCGAUUCUCCAAAAAGCUUUCAUUAAAUCAGAUGAUCAAGUGAUAAUCCGAUUUAAUGACAAAAUGAUCACUUAUAAUAAACAAUUCCGGCUGUUUAUGACUACGAAACUCUCGAAUCCCCACUAUCCUCCAGAGAUUUCAACUAAAACGACAUUAUGCAACUUCGCCAUUAAGGAGCAGGGACUCGAAGCGCAGCUUCUCGGAAUUGUGGUCAGAAAAGAAAAGCCGCAACUGGAGGAACAGAAAGACAAUCUGGUCCUCACAAUCGCGUUCGAUAAACAAACUCUCAAAGAAUUAUACGAUAAAAUACUUCAUUUGCUAAGCGUGGCAGGAGAAACUCUUUUGGAUGACUUAGAUUUGCUGAAUACCUUGCAAACAUCAAAGGCGACCUCCAUUUCCAUUCAAGAAUCUAUAGCUAUUGCAGAACAGACAGAAAAAGAGAUAGAUCUAACGAGAGAAGGAUAUCGACCAUGCUCGAAACGUGCCUCAAUUCUCUUUUUCACUCUAAAUGACAUGAGCGCUAUUGAUCCCAUGUAUCAAUUCUCCCUCGAUGCAUACAAUGCAUUGUUUAUACUCUCUAUCGACAAGAGUCCCAAAAAAGAAGAUUUAUCUGAAAGGAUCAACAGCUUAAAUGAUUAUCAUACAUACGCAGUUUACAGGAAUACAUGCCGAGGUCUAUUCGAGCAGCACAAACUACUCUUUUCUUUCCAUAUGUGUGUCAAGAUAUUGGAUGCGCAAGGUAAGAUCAUCCCAGAGGAAUACGCGUUUCUGCUCCGCGGCGGGAUCGUAUUGGAUCGAGAAAAUCAGCCGGACAAACCCGUGCCAUGGCUGCCGGAUGAAACUUGGGACAAUGUCACGGAACUCGACAAGCUGCCCGGAUUUCACGGAGUCGUUUCUUCUUUUAAGCAGCUCCCGCGAGAUUGGCACAAUUGGUACAUUAACACAGAACCGGAAGUUAUGCCACUGGUCGGCGAAUGGGAAAAAUGUACCGAAUUUGAGAAAAUGUUAUUCAUCCGCAGCUGUCGAUCUGAUAGAAUAUUUUUUUGUAUCACAAGUUAUAUCAUACGUAAUCUCGGUCAGAAUUUUGUGGAGCCUCCUAUACUUGAUCUAAAAGCAGUAUUAGAUGAUUCCACGGCACAAACACCAUUGAUAUUUGUUCUUUCACCUGGCGCAGAUCCUACUGGUGUUCUCAUGCAAUUAGUCGAUAAUCAGGGCAUGACUGCUAAUUUUAUAACGUUAUCACUAGGCCAAGGACAAGCUCCUAUUGCCACGAGAAUGAUAGAGACUGGUGCCAAGGAAGGAUCUUGGAUAUUUCUUGCGAAUUGCCACCUCUCGCUCAGUUGGAUGCCCAAGCUCGAUAAGAUCGUGGAAACGCUUGGUUCUAGCCAAACUUUACAUCCAAGAUUUAGAUUAUGGCUUAGUUCAAGUCCGACUCCUCAAUUCCCGAUAUCGAUCCUUCAGGCUGGAAUAAAAAUGACUACCGAGCCGCCAAAAGGAUUAAAAGCGAACAUGAAGCGCCUUUACAGUUUAAUCACCGAAACGCAGUUCGACUUGUGCCAAGAAAAGUCUAAAUAUAAAAAGCUACUGUUCACGCUGAUCUUCUUCCACUCUAUUCUUCUAGAACGGAAGAAAUUCCAACAACUCGGUUGGAAUGUGGUCUACAGCUUUAACGAUUCUGAUUUUGAGGUUUCCGAGAAUCUGCUGCGAGUCUACCUGGAUGAAUAUCCAGUCACACCGUGGGAAUCUUUGAAAUAUCUCAUAGCAGGUGUUUGUUAUGGUGGUCACGUGACCGACGACUGGGAUCGCCGGUUGUUGAUGACAUACAUCCAGCAAUAUUUCACAGAAGAUGUCCUGACUACCCCCCAUUAUCGUUUGUCAUCACUGCCCACCUAUUACGUGCCUCACGACGGCUCCUUGGAGUCCUACCGCGACUUUAUCGCAAUUCUACCGAAUAUCGACAGACCGGAAGCGUUUGGUCAGCAUCCAAACGCGGAUAUCAGUUGUCUAAUAAUGGAAUCCAGAAACAUGUUGCAAACUUUAAUGAGUCUUCAGAUACAGAUGAUCAGUGUCGAGGUAGACGAGGAUAAAGAACAGAAGGUAAUGCAACUCGCGAACGAUAUUCUCUUGAAAAUACCGGAAGCGAUCGAUUACGAAACAACGGAAAAACUGAUAGGAUCAAAUAAGACGCCGUUGGAUAUUGUGCUUCUUCAAGAAAUCGGGCGAUACAACGAGCUGUUGGCAAAAACUCGCGACAGCCUUGAGGAACUUCAGCGCGGAAUUACGGGAUUGGUGUUGAUGUCGCGAGAGUUAGAAGAAAUUUUCACGUGCAUAUACGACGGCAGAGUACCGUCUCUAUGGCUGACUGCGUAUCCAUCUUUGAAACUGCUCGGCGCUUGGACGAGGGAUCUAAUCAAUCGAGUCGAGCACUUUGCCAAUUGGGCUCAAACCACUCAUCCGCCAUUGCUCUUCUGGCUAGCUGCGUAUACAUUUCCGACCGGAUUCCUUACUGCGGUACUACAAACUUCGGCGAGACUGUGGAACGUAUCUAUCGAUUCGUUGUCAUGGGAGUUUACUGUCUUCUCAACGGAUGAGUCUGCUAUAAUCGAGCUGCCCAAUGGCGUGUAUGUACGAUCCAUUUUUCUGGAAGGUGCCGGCUGGGACAAAGAGAAUGGCGUUCUCAUCGAGCCCGCAUCCAUGCAACUUGUAUGUAAUAUGCCAGUGAUUCAUUUUCGACCUGUGGAGCAAGUUAAAAAGAAAAUCAAAGAAUUCUACAGCUGUCCUUGUUAUUAUUACCCCCAGAGGAGCGGAGACCAAAUGAGAUCUGCAUUCGUAGUUGCUGUAGAUCUCAAAACUGGAACACAAGAUUCGGACUUUUGGGUGAAACGUGGCACUGCGCUUUUACUGAGCCUGGCCAUAUAA